UUUCAAUGCGUCACCACCCCUUCCUCUCCGAGGAGCUUUUCAAAAUCCUAAAGGAGAGAUGCAGCUGACUCAGAAGGUAUUUUAGCCGGCUGAACGAGAACAAAACCUUUUGACAACAGAAGUAUACAAAUAUAGUAUGUUACCUGGGUUACGCUAGCCCCAAAUAAGGAGUUUAAUCAAUACGUUUCGGAAGGGUUUAUUUGAGAGGAAAUCAAAACCUUGUUUUUAUAUGGAAGGACGGAAGGUUCUGAAACUUCCGUAACGGUCUCUCUAUAAUUCAACCAGAGAAGAGUGGAUAGGCAGCCUUCGACUCAGUGGAGUUUCUGUGGGGCAGGGUGCUGUCCUAUGGGAUGGAUGACGGCCAGCAGGAUCAGUACGAGGAGCGUCUGAAGGAGGUCUUUGAGAGUUUCGACGCCAGCGGCGCCGGGUCGCUGUGCCCCGAGGAGCUAUCUGACUUGUGCCAGGCCCUGCACCUGGAGGAUUCCACCCCCACACUGCUCCAUGCCCUGCUGCAGAACCAGGACCCACUCACUGGCAGGGUUGGUUUUGACCAGUUCAAGAAUGCCCUGAUUCUGGUGUUAUCAACGAGCAUAGUAGAAACACCUGCGCCCAGUCAGCAGACAGCACCUGCUUCUCUAUCACCAGACUCAACAGUCCAAGCUAAGUUUGUGCGGGGUAGUAAACGCUAUGGCCGACACUCUACACCGGAGUUCAUAGACACCGUCACAGACUUCUCAGAGGUGCUCAGCUCAAACGCUACUGACCCAGAAGAUCAUGAAGACUCUACUGUGCCCAGGAAACGUGAGCGCUGGAAUGCUCAUGAAAGCGGAACGGAAGAGUACGAGGCAGAAGGCCAGCUGCACCUGUGGAACCCUGAUGAACCCUCUACCCCACGGGGCUCUAUCACACCCCUCUCAGACCACCAGGAGGAGAGGUUUCGGGAGGCCUGCGAGGAGCUGGCCAUGCCCUGGGAUGGAUGUGCCAGCCACCAUGAGCUACUGGCUCUCUGUGACCACCUGGGCCUGGAGGUGACGGAGGAUGUCCUCCAGGUUCUAAGUGGUGAUGAGGUCAUGAGCGUUCAGGCGUUUACUUCCUGGGUUCUGAACCAUGCCAAGCCCCCCACCCCGUCUGCCUCCACACCUUACAGACAGCUCAAAAGACUACACUCCUCACAGCCAUUCGAUGAGACGGGCCGUAGAACCAGCGCUAUGACGAGCACCAUCGGGAUGCGUCUGUUCUCCACUCUGGACGAUGGGACAGGGUCCGCUCCUGCUGAGGACAUCCUGGAUGCCUGGAUGGAGGAGGGCAUCGAGAACAGCCCAGAGAUUCUACAGGCCUUGGAUUUUGACCUGGAAGGUAAAGUGAACCUCAGGGAGCUGACUGUGGCUCUGGAGAACGAGCUCCUCGUCACUAAGAAUGGGAUCCACCAGGCUGCACUGGCCAGCUUUAAGGCUGAGAUCAGAUACCUACUUGAACGUGUAGAUCGGGAGCUCCGAGAGAAAGAGAAGACUCGUUCUGACCUGGACAAAGCAGAGAAGUUAAAAACCCAGCUGGCUUCUGAGGUGGACGAGCAUCACUCUGCCAUCGAACACAUGAAUGACCUCAACCUGAGGAAGCUGGAGCAGGAACACAGGGAGAAGCUGGUGUCUGUCCGGUCAGAGCUCAUUAAAGAGAUGGACCAGAUUCAGCAGCAGACUGGUCAGCAGAGAGAGAAACUAGAGGCAGAGAUGGAGAAGCUCAGAGAUGACGAGACCUUCCUCAGAGACCACCUCUCACUCACUGUCAAGGAGAGUAGGCGUCUGGAGAUGGAGCUGCUGGACAGCACUGAGAAACUGGUAGAGGCAGAAAACCAGGUCAGCAAACUGCAGAGGAACCUGGACAACAUCCUGAAGGAAAAGUUUGGGGAUCUGGACCUGGGCAGUGCUGAGUUCUUCCUACAGGAGGAGAGUCUCAGACGGCUACGCAGUAGCUAUGAGGAACAGUGUCGGGAGCUGCAGGAUCGCAUCGAUGAGCUUCAAGCAGAGCUGCAGGAGUACCACAACCUGGGCCGCACCUCUCAGCUCUGUCUCAAACCCUCUCUAUCUGAGGACCUGGAGAGUAAGAGUCCUGGCAUGGAGUCAGACCCAGGUCUAGGCUCAGAGGAGGGCCAGCCGUUGUUCAACAUGAGCCUGGAGGCAGAGAUGAUGCUGGAGCGGCUGAAAGAGAAGCACCUCCGAGAGAUGGAGGAGCUACAGGCUCAGCUGGAGAGCAAGGUGAGUGAGUUUGACCAGAAGGUGGAGGAGCAGAAAGCCGACCUGGAGGCCCAGAAGGUAGCCUUGUCCCUGCAGUACCUGGAGGAGAUCCAGGUGUGUGUACAUGCACUACGAGGGGAGAUGUCCAUCAUCCAGAACCGAGCCCUGGCGCUUCAGGCCCAACUAGACAAUGCUGAGGAGGAGCGGGCCGGUCUAGAGCAGAGACAGGCUGGGGUGAAGGAGAAGCAGGAGCACCAGGAGGAGGAGGUGAGCAGCCUGAGACAGGAGCUCCUGGAGUCCCGUAUCCAGAUUUCUGACCUGGAGGAGCAGCUGAAAGUCCUGGAGGCCCAACAAGCGCAGGCUGAGCUGGGCCUGGACACAGAGAUGCAGGAGCUGAGGAAACUUCACGCCUUGGAACUCAACAAGCUGGACGUGCAGCACGACAACAUCCUUCAGGUCAGGCUGGAAGAAGAGAAGGGGAAGCUACAGGAGGAGCGGGAGAAGGUGGAGAGGAAACUGUUAGAGGAGUGGGAGAGGGAGAAGAUGGAGUUACAGCAGAGCCACGAGGAGACGAUGAAGGCUAGGAUAGAGGAGGUGAGUUUGAAGUUCCAGGCAGAGCGAGAGGAGUUAGAGAUGCGACUCACAGAGGAGUGGGAGAGGGAGAAGGCUCAGCUGGAUGAGCAGAGUAACGAGUCGCUCCAGACCGUGUUAGAGGAGGAGAUGUUACGUCUAGUCAAGGAGCAGGACAGUAGGGAGAUACGUCUCACUGAGCAGUGGGAGCUGGAACAAAUUCAGCUCAAGGAGUGUCUGGAGGAGACUCUCCUCACCCGGUUGGCGGAGGAGAAGCUGAAGCAGCAAGAGCAGCAGGAGGAGGUGGAGAGGAGGCUCAGGGAGGACUGGGACAGGGAGAGACUCCAGCUGGAGGAGGACUAUGAGGGGAUGCUCCAGGAGCAGCUGCAGGAGGACAGGGAGAGGCUUGCGGGAGAGAAGGAGGAGGUGGAGAAGAGGCUGGAGCAGAUGAUGGAGGAGGAGAAGGAGCGCCUGGAGGAGGCCCACAGACAGGCCGUGCAGGAACUGAGUGCCAAACACAGCGAGGAGAGGGAACAGCUCAGUGGUCUGCUGGACAAACUGCGAGAGGAUAUCGCUGAGGAAAGGAAAGAACUAGAGAGCCACUUUUCCCAGAAAAUCAGGGAGGUGGAGGCCCGGUUCUCAGGCGACCAAGACGCUGUCGCAGAGCGCUUCCAAACCGACGUUUCCAACCUGGAGAAGCACUAUCAGAGCAAGCUGAAGGCACUCACUGACAACCACGCUGAGCAGAAAACCAAAUGGGAUGCGGAAACGGAGGAAGCCCUUCAGAAAGCUGAAGAGCAGAGGAGAGUUCUGCAGGAAACCAGAGAACAAGAGCGAGAGACCAUCACCCAGGACCUGGUGAAAGAGAGGGAGCUGCUAGAGAGUGUCCAUAAGGAAGAGAUGGGCGCAUUGGUUGUGAAGAACCAUGAACUCCAAAAGGAGCUGGAGAGUUUCAUCAGUUUAGCCCAGACCAAAGAGAUUGAGCUGAGUAGGCAGCUGAAUGAUCUUCACAAUAGGCUGCAGGAGAACCUGGACACUAAAGACGAGCUUCUGGCCAAGUCUGAGAAGAAAGCCCAGGAGAUCGAGCUUCUGCUGAACCAGGCCGUGGAGGACUUCAAGCAGGAGAGGGCAGAACUUCAGGGAAACCUUUCUGAAUUAGAGGUGAGGCACUCCUUGGCUGAGAAGCAGCUUGAGGAGAUGAGUGAGCUGCUCUCAGAACAUGAUAACCAGAAGUUGAAGAUCAAAGAACUGGAGAAUCUCCUGAGACAGGCAGCUGUGGACUUUCAGUUUGAGAGGCUGGAGCUGCAAGAGAACAUCUCGGACCUGGAACUGAAGCUGAAGGAGAGCCGUCCUUCCUCCGACCCGCAGGACAAUGAGAAAGGAGAGCUUCUGGUCGAGAGAGACCAGCUUAGUAUUAGAAUUCGGGAAAUCGAGAAUGAGCUCAACCAACUUCUAGACUCUGCAGACAUGACAGGGGGCAAAGACAUGGGAGAAUCAAAUGAAGUAAAUGUAGCACCACUAGGAGAGGAACAUAUAGAGGCUGCAGCUCUCGAAGAACAAGUAGGUUCAGAAAACAUUACCGUUAGUGAUGAGACAUGUGACAAUGUUGUCCCAGAGGACUGUGAAGGUCUUGACGUAGAAUAUGUAUUCCCUAUGGCGCAGGGACCAAAUGACAAAGUUGAGAUUAUUACUGUAUCACCUCACGAGAUGGAGAUUUCUGAGAACAUCAUUGCAGAAGUUUGUGAUCAAGAAAUAACUGUUACCUCAGACAACCUGAAUGUCUUAGUAGAGGCAUCUGAAACCUGUGGUGAACAAGGACAAGAUGAUGAGGUGGAGAUGAUACCUGAAACUCCAAAUAGGUUAGAGGAAUGUCCUGAAGACACCAUAACUCUUCAUUUUGAUGGGACAUGUGAUGAUGAAACUUCUGUGGACGAUGGCCAAGACGCAGUGGUCGAAUCUGUUGCCGUUGAGGAGCAAGCACAAGAUGACAACGCUAGCGAGGGAAGGAUGAAUGCUGAAACCUCUGAAGACAUUGAGGUAUGUCCUGAAAACAUUAUCAGUGUUGAGGCAUGCAAUGGUGAAGUCGCUGCUAUUCCAGAAGAAUGCCAAGACCUUGUUGAGGAAUCCCAAUCAUCUGAAUGCCAAUGUCAGGCUGAGGACAACAUGGACGAAGACACUAACGAUGACAUUGUAGCAAUGUCCAUUCCAGAGGAGAAACCUCAAAGUGAUGACAUUGAUGGAGAUGUCUGUCCCUCUGAGAUUAAGUGUAAAGACUCCUCCCCUGAUAAGAUUGGACAGAAUGAUGCUAGUGUACAAGAAACAGUUUUCGAUGAUAAGCCUGAAGAGGAGGAACUUCAAGAUGAUCUGAUUAAUGAAGAAGUGAAGAGUUAUGUGUCUCUGGUUGUCUCUUCAGCCCUAGAGGAGAUAGGUCAUGACACUGACGAUACCAAAGUGGCUUGUCUUUUCGAGGAAACUCAAGAUCUAGAGAAAAAGCCUGUGGAACUGAUUCCUCAGCUGCAGCAGAGGUGCGAAGAAGCAGUGAAUGAGCGAGAUGACUAUAUCCGUGAAAUCCUGGAGCUCCAUGAGCAAGUCAGUCAGUUGGAGAGCGAGGCCAGUCUUCUGGCUCAGCUACAGAGCCAGUAUGACACUGCCACUGAGGAGAACCUGGCGCUACAGCAGAAGAUCUCCGAGCUUCAGCAGAAGUCGGAUGCACUAGAGAGUCUUUCAGCAGAAAACGAUCAGCAACCUUUAGAGGAAAACGACACCUUCAAAGCUCAGGUCAACAAGAUCAAGGUGACGUCUUCAGAUAUGACCUCGCUUCAGAUCCGAUACGAGGAGUGCAUCUGUGAAAACGCCAAGCUUGAGGAACAAAACUGUCGGCUGGAGAAGAGAGUUGUGGGCCUCGAGAGCAAGAUGCACAUCAUCCAAGACUUCCAAGAUCAGCAAGUAGCGUUGGUGGACGAGAUCACCAGGAUGAGAGAGGAGAAUUGUAAGCUGACUGAGCUAGUCAGUGAGUUAGAGAGGCAGGAUGAGAUUCUUAUGGCUCUGCAGCUGGAGGCCGAGUCCGAGGAAGACGCCACCACAGAACAAGAACAAGAGUCCUUCCUGGACCUGAACUCCCAACUGGAGGCUAAGAUACAAGUGGUGUCGGAGCUGGAGGACUGCUGCACGGAGUUCGAGAAGCAGAACGCCAAGCUCCGCAGAGCCCUAACAGACCUGCAGGACAAGUCGCUGAAGAUGCAUGAAAAGAUGCAGACCCAUAGGAAUGAAGCGGGUCGUUUAGCAGAGGAGAACUUCUUACUCAGACACAAGAUCUCCGUGCUGAAGGAAGAGGACCUGAGAGAGACCCGGGAGGAGACGCUCUUGAAACUGGAGCGUUUCAGGAAGGAGAAGAUAUCUGCACAAAAGAAAGCAGAGAGUUUCAAGAGACAGAUCUCUGAGCUGCGUCUCCGCAGUCAGCAGCUGGAGGAUGAGAACGGGGUGCUGUCGGAGAAGAACGCCCAGAAUGCAGCAGGAGUGGAUGGGUUGAGCCAACAGCUGGGGGAACUGCUCAGACAGAGUGAGAGACAGGAGGCUGUCAGAGACCAGCAGCACAAUGACCCAGAGGACAACAGGACCAAGAUGGCAGUGUGUGCGUCUGCCCUGGAGGCGGAGCUAACCAACGCUGUGGAAGGGACUGUACUACUAGAGGAGGGCAAGGCUCAGCUGGUGCUACAAAUCACCACCCUCCGCGAUAAGGUGGCUAAGAUGGGGGCUGUGGAGUGCCAGCUCUCCCUCCUCCUGCAGGAACACAAGGCUUUGGAGAAACUAACCCAGGGAUUACGCAAUCAGCUUGCCAAGUCUCAGGAGAGGACUCAUGUGUUGGAUGAAAGUCUCCAGUCUGUUAACCUCCAAAACGCCCGUCUCAAGUCAGACCUCCGCGUGUCACAGCAGGAGAAGGACGCCCUCAAACAGGAAGUGAUGUCACUGCACAAACAGCUGCAGAAUGCCAACGAUAAGAACCAGGUUCUAGAGAUGGCCCUGCAUUCCAGCGGAUACCAGAGCCAGCACAAGAAGUUGUACCGGGACGAGCUGGCCAGGUUGGUGGAACAGGAGCAGCAGCUGCUGAGGCAGGAGAACGAGAGGCUGACCGUGGAGCUCCACAACACCAAGGACGACCUUCACCACAGCAGGGACAAGACACGUCAGCUGGAGGCAGCCAUCUUAACCGUCAAGCAGCAGAAACAGCAGGGCCAGUCCAGCGUGGUGAAGACUGUGGAACAGGAGAAGACUGCUCUGAAGAGAGAGCUGAACGUGAUGCAUCAGGAGCUACUCUGUGCUCAGAACAAGGUGUGUGAGGUCCAGAGAGAGCUGGAGAGUCUUCGUCAGGAGAACGAAGGUCUGAAGACCCAACAGGCCCAGCUACAGGCACGGCUUCUGGAGGCCCUCCAAGUUCAGCUGGUUGGUCUGCUGCCCACAUCCCCUCGCAGGAUGCCUGGUGAGCGGAGAGAGCAACACCACAGGGACGACCUCAACCCAGAGAACAUACAGAACGAGAGGGCGACGACGAUGAUGAUGAUGAUGAAGAUGGAGGAACGCAUGAGGGAGAUAGAGCUGUCUCUGCAUAAUGUCAAGCUGCUGCUCAAGGAGAAGGUCUGCCAACUCAAAGAUCAGCUCCACAAGAACGGCAAAGCUGAUUCGUUGAUCAAGGACCUGUACGUGGAGAACGGCCAGCUGCUGAAGGCCUUGGAGAUGACCGAGCGGAGACAGAAAGUAUCAGAGAAGAAGAACUACCUACUGGAAGAGAAGAUCUCCAGCCUCAACAAGAUAGUCAGAGACCUGAGUCCCUCACCCCUAGCCCCCAUGCCCUAUCAUUUCACCUGUUCCUAAUACUACGCUUUGACCCCUGACCCCAGUAGCUGGACGGAACAUGGAUCUAAUACUAAACUUUGACCCCUGACCCCAGUAGCUGGACGGAACAUGGAUCUAAUACUACACCUUGACCCCUGACCCCAGUAGAUGGACGGAACAUGGAUCUAAUACUAAACUUUGACCCCUGACCCCAGUAGCUGGACGGAACAUGGAUCUAAUACUAAACUUUGACUCCUGACCCCAGUAGCUGGACGGAACAUGAAACUAAUACUACACUUUGACCCCUGACCCCAGUAGCUGGAAGGAACAUGGAUCUAAUAUUACACUUUGACCCCUGACCCCAGUAGAUGGACGGAACAUGGAUCUAAUACUACACUUUGACCCCUGACCCCAGUAGCUGGAAGGAACAUGGAUCUAAUAUUACACUUUGACCCCUGACCCCAGUAGCUGGAAGGAACAUGGAUCUAAUAUUACACUUUGACCCCUGACCCCAGUAGCUGGACGGAACAUGGAACUCGAGUGUUACAUUAACAUUCCACCUGAGCCCCUUAACUCUCAGUCCUCUUCCCCCCUUGCCCUACCACUAACAGCUGAGCCCCUUAACCCUCAGUCCUCCCUACCACUAAUAGUUGAGCCCCUUAACCCUCAGUCCUCCAUACCACUAAUAGUUGAGCCCCUUAACUCUCAGUCCUCUUCCCCCUUUGCCCUACUACUAACAGCUGAGCCCCUUAACCCUCAGUCCUCCCUACUACUAACAGCUGAGCCCCUUAACCCUCAGUCCUCCCUACCACUAACAGCUGAGCCCCUUAACCCUCGGUCCUCCCUACUACUAACAGCUGAGCCGCUAAACCCUCAGUCCUCCCUACUACUAACAGCUGAGCCCCUUAACCCUCAGUCCUCCCUACUACUAACAGCUGAGCCCCUUAACCCUCAGUCCUCCCUACUACUAACAGCUGAGCCCCUUAACCCUCAGUCCUCCCUACCACUAACAGCUGAGCCCCUUAACCCUCAGUCCUCCCUACUACUAACAGCUAAGCCCCGUAACCCUCAGUCCUCUCUACCACUAACAGCUGAGCCCCUUAACCCUCAGUCCUCCCUACUACUAACAGCUGAGCCCCUAAACCCUCAGUCCUCCCUACAACUAAUAGCUGAGCCCCUUAACCCUCAGUCCUCCCUACUACUAACAGCUGAGCCCCUUAACCCUCAGUCCUCACUACUACUAACAGCUGAGCCCCUUAACCCUCAGUCCUCCCUACUACUAACAGCUGAGCCCCUAAAUCCUUAGUCCUCCCUACUACUAACAGCUGAGCCCCUUAACCCUCAGUCCUCCCUACUACUAACAGCUGAGCCCCUAAAUCCUCAGUCCUCCCUACUACUAACAGCUGAGCCCCUUAACCCUCAGUCCUCAGUCCAGACCUCUACCCUACUGUCAUACCCAACCACCAAGACUACUGUCUAUGGUGACCUCUACCCUACUGUCAUACCCAAACACCAAGACUACUGUCUAUGGUGACCUCUAGCCUACUAGACUACUGUCUAUGGUGACCUCUACCCUACUGUCAUACCCAACCACCAAGACUACUGUCUAUGUUGACCUCUACCCUACUGUCAUACCCCGAACACGAAGACUACUGUCUAUGGUGACCUCUACCCUACUGUCAUACCCCGAACACCAAGACUACUGUCUAUGGUGACCUCUAGCCUACUGUCAUACCCAACCACCAAGACUACUGUCUAUGGUGACCUCUACCCUACUGUCAUACCCAAACACCAAGACUACUGUCUAUGGUGACCUCUAGCCUACUAGACUACUGUCUAUGGUGACCUCUACCCUACUGUCAUACCCAACCACCAAGACUACUGUCUAUGUUGACCUCUACCCUACUGUCAUACCCCGAACACCAAGACUACUGUCUAUGGUGACCUCUACCCUACUGCCAUACCCCGAACACCAAGACUACUGUCUAUGUUGACCUCUACCCUACUAGACUACUGUCUAUGGUGACCUCUACCCUACUAGACUACUGUCUAUGGUGACCUCUACCCUACUGCCAUACCCCGAACACCAAGACUACUGUCUAUGUUGACCUCUACCCUACUAGACUACUGUCUAUGGUGACCUCUACCCUACUAGACUACUGUCUAUGGUGACCUCUACCCUACUGCCAUACCCAACCACCAAAGUACCGGAGCACUAAGUUGAUCACAACAGUUUUUUUUACCAUGAAACUAAACCAGAUACCAUUUCAGUUACAAUCAAUUCAGGAAGUAAACCAAAUUCCAAUUCCACAUUUUCCUAAUUGAAAAGCAUUGAAGAGAUUUGGAAUGCCAGUGUACUUCCUGAAUUGAUUGGAGUUGAAAUGGAAUUGAUCCCAAACCCUGAUACAAUUGGUUGUCUGAGAGAUUUUAAGCUCCCCGUUCAACACUAUGGGAAUCAAUGCUGUCACUUUUCAGUUAUUAUAGCCGGAAUAAUGAGGGUGUAUUUAAAUGCACAAUAAAUGGUAUAAUCAUGUAUACAAAUCACUUUGUAAAUUGAAUAAACUGUGUAUGUUUU